AUGCAGCCUCUAACGUCGCAAGUGUUUCGACCACGAGCAUUCAAGUGGGACCUUCCUUUUCGCAGUUAUGAGUGGGAGGAUUUCUCGUACAUCGAUACCCUGAUUGAUGAGUAUGACGCUGUCGGCACGCCUCUGGAUAUCUUUCUCAACACUCCAGAUCAUUCGCCGCUCAAUGGUUUUGAGACUCCGUUCUUCAGAGUUCUUUGUCCAGACAACAUUCUCAUAGCAAUAAGAGGCGGCCGAGCUCCCGAUAGUGCUGUCGCCUGGUUACAUGACCGGAGCACCACCAAAGGCCCACGUGACUACAACGGCGUCAAAUCUGCCAGAGACUUCCAAGAGAUCUUGAAGUUGAAAUUUUUGUGCGAGGGUCAGACCUCACUCGUCGUGUCAGGAUGGAACCAUACCGUCUGGACUGGAUGCUCCCUCACAGACACGUAUUUCUAUCCGGACCUAGAAGAUCCCAAUAAUGACGAACUGCUCAUACACUACAUGGACUCUGAAGGUGCGCAAUGGGACGCAAUAGCGGCAUCAGAUGUUACAAUCGGUCGCGUCAUGAUCACCGAUCCGAGGGAGUAUUUCCUUAUGGUGCUCAGGAUCCGAAGCAAAAAGUGCAGAGACGAAUGGAGAAGCGUGUUACACAACAUGAGACACCGUGUUGAGGAAUACCUCGGAGAUCCGCAUAUCCCCCAAGAACGGCCAAAAGCUACAUUGGGCAAUGCUGAUGAUCAGGCGGAUGCGGUGGAGCAAAGCGAAAGAUGGGCGAGGGGAUCCAGCGAUAUUCUUUUCAAACUCAUUGGGGCCUUAUCGAAGACAAUAACUUCUUGGGAAGCUUUCUCGCUCGGAGACGCAGUAUCCCUGCAGUUCUCGUUUCCACCAUCAGACGACAACCCAGUCGACCACAUGCUCUAUGAUAUUGGUGGCAUGUUCGACGACUUAAGAAAGAUACUGGUCGACCUUAAGCAGCUGGAGCUUCGCAUCGAACGGUUCAAAAGCAACCUCCAGUUUGUUUCUCCAUUGGCGCUCGCCGGUAGCAUCAUGCAGUCGGGCAUUGUGUUUCAGCCAAGCUUAUUAUGCUUCACUGUUCUUGCAAUUGGAAUGGGGGCUAUCACUUUAGGCAUGAAGGCCAUUAUGACUUGGUACUCACAGCACUGUGUUACAGUGAGGGCUAGAGGGGCAUUAGGCGAAAGGGAAGUGGCUGAAAUCAUGGCAGCCGAGCUGAGGAACCAGGGCGGUGGUAGUGCGAGCAAUGCUUUUUCUGGAAUGGUACUUCAGCACCCUGCAGCAAGCCGGCAAUUUGUGUGA